AUGCUUACCGUCAAGCAGCCACCAACUUACGGCUACAAGUCCGUCCAUGAUCUCCCGACUCCGCCUUCAACCUCUCGACCUUCUCCCCCCUUGAUAUAUCGAGAACCAGCAAGCAAUUCUCUGCCUGUCGCCUAUCGGGGACACAGUCCACCAUCACAGCCCAUGUCGGCUCCUCAUCGUGGCCUGCCUCCGCCGGCGGCCAUGACUCUUCCUCCCCAGCAACCCUCAGCGGCUGGUGCUCCUCCAUCUACACAUCUUCCACCUCAUCCGCCUCAUCCGCCUCCGCCACAGCCAUCUUUGGGCCCUCCUGGUCACCAGCAGAGAGAUUCAUGGGGCCAACUACCUGCUCCACCUCAGCAAUGGCAAGGAGCAGAGGAAUCCAUGAGACACUGGCUACAGGCGAGGGCGGAAGAGGACAAGAGAAAGCAGGAGGAAGAGCGGACGAGACAGGAGAGUUUGCGUCUAGAGCAGCGCAAACUUGAAAUGGAUAUGCUUCGGACGUCGCUUCAGGCAGGUAUACCUCCUCCCAUGGUUCCUUUGGUGUUUGCAGGCAUGGGUAGCGGAGGAGUCCCGCCACAAGCUGCCCUGGAAUGGGCUCAGCAGUUCAUGCCUCCUGGACAAGCUCCUCCCCGUGCCCAGAUUAUGCCCGCGCAGUGGCCUGUGUCGCCUGAACACCAGCGAGAACCUCAAACACUGUCGCAUACCCACGCACAGCACCCGGGCAUUCCAUCUGCAUCAACACCAGCAGCUGGAUAUGUGUAUCCACCAUCACCAUCGAGGCCUCGAGGCCAGACAGUGAGUGGUGCUAUAGGGCGACCCAUGGGUAUAUCGACAUUACCGAGCAUCAACACCACCGUACCACAUCCCGCACACGCUCCUCCUCCCAUGCACUCACAUCAGCAUCCGCAUAUGCAGCAACAACAACAGCAGCAAGAACCCCAGUCGAGUCCUUCGAUAUACUUUCACCACUGGCAGCCACCAACAUCGCAAGCUAGCGGAAGCUCAAACCGACCCGGAAGUCCUUCUGGUUCGUCCAAGACCAAGAGAAAGAGAGACUCUCUGUGA